UCAUAGAAAAAACCAAUAAAUAAAAGCUGCGUGCGAUUGGUUCUUUAAGUCAUAUCUCUCUCACCUUGCUAAAAUUCUCUUUCUAAUUCACAAUUUUCUUGUAGUAAUUAAACAUAGCGAGCAAGCAUAUUCAUUUCAGCAUGGUCCUCAAAACUGAUUCAGUUAAAAUGUUUUUUUUCCCCUUCGUAGGAGGAGGCCAUCAGAUUCCAAUGAUAGACGCAGCAAGAGUGUUUGCAUCUCACGGAGCAAAAUCAACCAUCCUAGCAACACCCUCCAACGCUCUCCACUUCCAAAACUCGAUCACGCGCGACCAACAAACCGGUCUUCCCGUCGCCAUUCACACCUUCUCCGCCGACAUACCCGACACAGACAUGUCUGCUGUCGGUCCCUUCAUCGACUCCUCGGCUCUCCUCGAACCUCUUCGGCAGCUCCUCCUCCGACACCCGCCAGACUGCAUUGUUGUCGACAUGUUCCACCGUUGGGCUCCCGACAUAGUUGACGAGCUAGGAAUCGCGAGAAUUGUCUUCACCGGCCACGGGUGCUUCCCUCGCUGCGUCACUGAAAAUAUCAUAAACCAUGUCACGCUUGAGAAUCUGAGUUCAGACUUGGAACCUUUCGUUGUUCCUAAUCUGCCACACCAUAUCGAAAUGACGAGGUCUCAGGUUCCUAUUUUUCUGAGAAGCCCGUCUCCGUUUCCUGAUAGGAUGAGGCAGUUAGAGGAGAAGAGUUUCGGCAUUGUUACCAACAGCUUCUAUGACUUGGAACCGGAUUAUGCUGAUUACCUAAAAAAGGGAACGAAGGCAUGGAUUAUAGGACCAGUGUCCCUUUGCAACAGAACUGCAGAAGAUAAAACCGAGAGAGGGAAGACACCCACUAUAGAUGAACAAAAGUGCUUGAAUUGGUUGAAUUCUAAGAAACCCAAUUCAGUUCUUUAUGUCAGCUUUGGAAGCUUGGCUCGGUUACCCUCUGAGCAGUUAAAGGAAAUUGCUUAUGGUCUUGAAGCUUCUGAACAAUCGUUCAUUUGGGUGGUGAGGAAUAUCCAUAACAACCCAUCAGAAAACAAAGAAAAUGGAAGCGGAAACUUUCUUCCGGAAGGGUUUGAGCAGAGGAUGAAGGAAAAGGAUAAAGGGUUGGUUCUUAGAGGUUGGGCUCCUCAGCUGUUGAUUUUGGAGCAUGUUGCAAUCAAAGGGUUUAUGACCCAUUGUGGAUGGAACUCCACUUUGGAAAGUGUGUGUGCUGGUGUGCCAAUGAUUACGUGGCCUCUCUCGGCCGAGCAAUUUUCGAACGAGAAGUUGAUAACUGAUGUUUUGAAGAUUGGUGUUCAAGUGGGGAGCAGGGAGUGGUGGUCGUGGAAUUCAGAAUGGAAAGAUUUGGUGGGAAGAGAGAAGGUUGAAUCAGCAGUGAGGAAAUUGAUGGUGGAGAGUGAAGAGGCAGAGGAAAUGACAACAAGAGCCAAAGAGAUUGCAGAUAAAGCAAGAAGAGCUGUGGAAAAAGGUGGAACAUCUUACGCUGAUGCGGAGGCAUUGAUUCAGGAGCUUAUAGCUCGCAGAUUGGCGAGACAAGAUUAGAAUUAUAAGAGAAAAAAGCUGUAAUUGAAAGAAAAAACAAAGGAGAAGAAAGCGUUCAGUUCAUACUUUAUUGAGACAACAUUAGUGUCCCUUUAUACGAUGAGUUUAUAUUCAUGCCAAGCACAAAAAACACAAGAAAAAGAGCUUGUUACUUUCCAGCAUCACUUGAAAUACUUAAAGUUCAAAGUGAACAGAAAAAAUAAAAUAAAUCGAUCACUAUCA